AUGACAGCCCCAAACAUUGAGGUUGUCAAGGAGGCUCUGAUGGCCGACCUCGGCAGAAGUAGGCAGGACGAGCUUCCACUGAGUGACCGCGCCAAGCGGCCAACCUAUCUCCCUGGUCGAUCUGGAACAAGCCACAUCCCUCAGGCUCGCAAAGAGCAGCUGGGGAGCAAGUGGGGAGUCAAAAUCGUGGACGAGGAGAGCGAGCAGAUGGAAGGCCUCGAGCUUGGCAAUGCUCGACCUUGGGCGAAGUUGACAAACCAAUUCAUGGCACGCCAUGCGGUUGAGUCAGCACCACCUCGGUAUCAACCAGAGACAAAGCCAUUCAGACCCUUUGCGAUUCCCAAACCACCUUCUUCUAUCAGGUCUACGGGGAGCAUUGGCAGGGUUCCUGCAUCAGCUUUGCCUCCUGCUUCAAACAGGAAGGCACUCCCUCAUCAUAACACACAGGCCAGCAGAGACACGGCGGUAGCAAACAGUUCAAAGGUACCAGUAGUACCCAGCGCCAAAGGACCUCCGAUCUCCACAACGGAAUCAAAGCCAAAUCCUUCCACACCGCUUCAAGCCCAGGAGCACUUAUUGUCUCAGGGCAACUGCGAGACCGUCAAUGAGUCGGACAAUUCUUCUUCCACGAUAAAAUUCAUGUUGAAAGUGCAGCUCCAAAAGAACAAAGGUUUGCUGGUGAUGCAGUUGCCAGACAAGGGGAAAUCGGUUCACGAUGUCCUAACUCUUGACACACCGGUGAUACAAGGUCCAUUCUGCCUAGUCUUCAAUGCUCAGCGAGAGCGCCUUUACAAGUUGAAGUUUCGGACUUCUGUCGCCGCAGAAGGAUUCCAAUACUUGCUCAAAAGUCUGCAGCAAUCUGCUCUUCGCUUCAAAGAACCUAGUCUUGUUUCUCCAAAGGAAACCCCGACGCCAACUGUUAACAAGGCUCCCACUGCUGACAAGACGCCUAAUGAUAGCAAGACCCCUACUGCUAACAACAUGUCCACCACUGACAAAGAGACCGAAGCUAAUACUCCGAACACUCCAUCAAACACUGCAUCUCAGGUAACUAAAACAGCUCCGACGAGGGAUCAUGGCAACGAUAAGGUUUCCUUGCAAGCAGCAGCUUCCACCGAGACAUCGUUACAGCGAGACACUCGAGAAAGCGUAGCCGGAGAGAGCUUGGUGGACACAGGUGAUGAUUUUCCUUCCAAUCCAGCACUCACCAUUGAGGCCGCUGCAGAUCACAUGCAAGGUUUAGUUCAACAAAUACUGUCUGAGAUCACUGCGACCGGUAUUCAGGUUCCCGAAAAGGGUAUUGAGGAAAUCGAAUCAACGGCAAUUUCCAACUGGAUGGCGCAAGGCUUCAUGACGACAGAGACGGAGUCUGAUGAGCUGAAAGAUGAACUCGCCGAACUUCUCCGACUCUUGGUUCGAAUCAAAAGAAAGGUACAGUUUAGGCAUGGAAGCAAUCACAUGAGCCACAUGAAUUCCGUGACCAUCUCGAGCGAAACGCUGCAAGACCUCCAAGAGAUUGUUGAAAAGCCGAGCAAGAAGAUCAAGUAUACUCCUACCGAUAUCAAGGAGCUAGAAGCACAGGCCGUGUCGCGCAAAGAUAAGAUCAAUGCUUCGGGCUUGCAUGAGAUCCAAAAAGGUUCGCUUCCCAAGAAGAAAACAGGUUUAAGCAUAGCCAAACAAAAAGAUCAGGUACCCUCUAGUUCUCGUCUGAAAGCGGCUGGAGGACUUGCGACAUCUCGAUGGGCCAGCUCGAGCGGUACAGCCACCCCAAGCGGUACGGUCACUCCAAGCGGUAGUGCCACUCCAAGUGGUACAGCCACUCCAAGCGGGUUGUCGGCCAUGAAUCCAAAGCUAGAGUCUGUCAAAAAGUUGAUCGAUAUCCCCCUAAAAGCUCCAACGACGACGGUUGCUCCUAAGAGCCCUGCUCCCCUGGAGAGCCAGAAGCCAAACUCAAAAGGCCUCAGCUCCUCGCGGUGGGCGGACAAGCCCGUGGAGAACGAAGGCAAGUUUGCUGGUUUCUAA